CCAUAGAUUACAAAUCUAAAAAAAUGGAUCAGCAAGAUGAGAAAGAGACUCCGAGCAAUAAUGCUUUCCAAUACAGAAUGGGUCUUAAUGACAACAAGGCGGGGAUGGAGGGGCUGGAUAAGCAGAAAAUCAACAAGAUCAUCAUGGAUGCUACAAAAGGCUCCAGAUUUUAUGAAAAUGAGCUCAAGAAAGACCAGCAAGUUAAUCGGCGCAUCGAGAAGAUGCUUCAACAAAAAGCUUUGCUGACCAGUUCACAAAUCAGUGAAGCUCAUAUUCAGGUUGAUCGAAUGGCACUGGAGCUGGAGAGAAGACGUGAUUUAAGCCGUGUUAUUGUACAUGUGGAUAUGGAUGCUUUUUAUGCAGCUGUGGAAAUGAGAGAAAAUCCUGAGCUGAAGGAGAAGCCUAUGGCUGUGGGUUCUAUGAGCAUGCUUUCUACUUCAAAUUAUUUGGCAAGAAGGUUUGGUGUGCGUGCAGCUAUGCCAGGAUUCAUCGCAAAGAAAUUGUGCCCCAAUCUGAUCAUUGUUCCACUUAAUUUCGACAAAUAUCGAGAAGUAAGCAAAGAGGUUAGAGAAGUCUUUGCAGAGUAUGAUCCCAACUUUCUGCCUCUUAGUCUUGAUGAAGCCUAUUUGGACAUUACCAAUCAUUUGGAGGAAAGGUUGACAUGGCCAGAAGAGCGGAGAAGAUAUGUUAAUAAAACUGGCACUUUACAGAAAGAUAACUCACCAGCAGCAGGUGUGUUGACCACUACAGGAACUUGUGAACCAGAACAGACACAAUGCACAUCUCCAGUGCUAUUUGAAGACAGUCCUUCCUUCCUGAAUGAACAAACCAUACCUCAGUCCCUGUCGGAUCCAGCAAAGGUAGAAGAACCUGUGGAAAAUGUGAUGGUCUUUGGGACGUCAGCAGAAGAAGCUGUGAAUGAAAUGAGAUUCCGAAUUGAACAGAAAACCUCUUUGACUGCUAGCGCAGGCAUUGCUCCAAAUAUGAUGCUGGCAAAAGUUUGCAGCGACAAAAAUAAACCCAACGGUCAGUACGUAAUUCCUCAUGACAGGCAAGCGGUGAUGGACUUCAUCAAGGAUUUGCCAAUCAGGAAGGUUCCAGGGAUUGGGAAAGUAACGGAGAAGAUGUUGCAGGCUCUGGGAAUAACAGAUUGCACUGACCUCUACCAGCAGAGGGCUCUCCUGUCACUGCUCUUCUCCGACGUCUCCUGGCAUAACUUCCUACAUAUUUCUCUGGGCCUCGGCUCAACACGCAUAGAGAAAGACGGAGAAAGGAAAAGCAUGAGCACAGAACGGACCUUCAAUGAGAUCAGCUCAGCAGAAGAACAGUAUGAAUUGUGUCGGGAACUCUGCAAGGACCUAGCAGAAGAUCUCCAUAAGGAAGGGCUAAGGGGCAGAACUGUCACUCUAAAGCUGAAAAAUGUGAAGUUUGAGGUAAAGACAAGAGCGUCCACUGUAUCCCACACAGUCUCUACAGAAGAAGAAAUCUUCUGCCUUGCCAAGGAAAUUCUGAAAGCUGAGAUUGAGGCAGCUUCACCGGAACCGCUGCGUCUUAGGUUGAUGGGUGUAAGAGUGUCAGGAUUCACAUCAGAAGAAGACCGUAAACACCAGAAAAGCAUUACCAGUUUUUUGUGCGCUAAUAAACCAUCAAACAAAAUUUGUUCAGAAGCCACAGAGAGAACAGUCCAAGAAAGACCAGCCACGUGUCCUCAGAGAGAGAGCUUCUUCAAUCAGAAGCGGGCAGCCAGGCAGCAGGAAUUGCUGCAAAGUUCCUCCGAAACAGCUACUACUAGCAAAGACCAAAAUGUGAUCUUUGCUUUAUGUGAAGAACCCAAGGCUGAAGCAGACGAUGUCAAAGAAAAUCCAGAUUUCACAUGUCCGAUCUGCCUUCUAAAGCAAGGAGACUGGGACCUGGAAGGGUUUAAUAAGCAUAUCGACAAAUGUUUAAGCAAAUCACCUUCCUCUGGGGUCUCUGAAAUGCCAAACAAAGGAAAACAUCAAAGAAAGCUGACUGCAAUUAACAAAGGCAAUGGGAAUGAUAUCGAUGCAAACAAUCUUAAAAACAAAAUGGUGACAAUAGCACCAUGUGAUGAUUUGUAUGACUUUGUUAUUGAUAAGUAUACACUGGGGGCAAUACAGAAUAAUCAAACCUUGCAGAGGAAUCUUAUUGAGUGCAAUAGUGAAAUUAUAAGUGAGGACACCUCUAAUAAUAUGGUGUUGGAAAAGCAAGCAGUUCUCAAAGAUGCUGACAAGCAUAUAAUGUCAACACCACCCGGUUCAUCAGUGUGUAUGGAAGAGUCCACACUGAUCUGCCCAGUGUGCAAUACACAGCAAGAUACUACAGACCUUGCAGCGUUUAACAGACAUGUGGACAUAUGUCUGAACAAAGGAAUUCUAGAAGAGUUGAAGGAUGAGAAAGUCAUCACGGACAGAAACCAGGCACUUGGCGAUCAGAAUGGUAGUACAGGAAGAGGAAACACCAGCAAUAAAUCAGCCUUACGUUCUAAGAGACCAGGUACAACCCAACAGAAUCCUGCUUCCAAGAAAGCCAAGAUCAACCGCUCCAGCAAUACCAUUGAAAGAUUUUUUAAAUAAUUUCUAAGGUUGCAUGAAUUGAGAUUUUCAGGAUACAAUGAUCAUGUAGACAACAAUACUUAGAUAUUAUUAUGUUAAUUGUGAAAUGCUUUAUGGUAUUCGGCAG